AGUAAGACUUCGUCGGACUCCGAGGAGUGAUCCAAUCAGAUAUCGUGGCUCAAGUCCUUAUCGCCGCCUCAAUUUCUCUUCUUUUCGGCGAAGAGUCAACUGUGGAUUUGUCAGUAUCCACUUGCGCCUGUCACUGAACACCUCGACUUCUCAACACGCCCUUCAAACUACAUCAUAGAUACACACACAUGAUAACUUCAAUUCACUUGCGUCUCAGAGCUGUUGUUUCUGUCUUUAGGGUCUCUCAGUUUCCUGCCAAGAACGGCGUGAAUACCCAUUCAUAUCUCAGCCACAUCUUCACCUGCAAAAUGUCGACCACUGCAGCCCCGAAUGGCUCAGCGGCAAAGAAGCCCAACGGGAAGAAGGAGAUCAAGAUUCUUAUGCUUCACGGCUACACCCAAUCCGGGCCCCUCUUCCGCUCAAAAACUCGCGCCCUGGAGAAACUCGUCGCAAAAUCCCUGGGCCCCUUCAACCUCGUUCCAACACUCUUCUACCCAACCGGACCCUCACAGCUCUCCCCGCGCGACAUACCAGGGUUCGUCCCAGACGAGUCCGCCAACGGCGAGGACCAGGAAAUCGACGCCUGGGCCUGGUGGCGCAAGGACGAGUCCUCGGGCUCCUACCGCUUCCUGGACCAGGGCAUCUCCACCGUCGCCGACGCGGUCCGCGAAGCCGGCGGCGUCGACGGCGUGGUGGGUUUCAGCCAGGGCGGUGCUUUUGCCGCGCUCCUGGCAGCCAUCUUGGAGGGCCCGCAUCGCGAUGAGAAGAUGCCGGAGGAUCUGAAGGCUUCGGCGCAGGCGUUGCGGGAGGCUAACGGAGGUCGGCCGUUCAAGUUUGCAGGCAUUUACUCUGGUUUCUUUGCGCCGCCCGCGGAGUUGCAGUGGGCGUAUGAGCCUAAGAUCAAGACGCCUACACUGCACUUCCUUGGUAGUCUGGAUACUGUGGUUGAGGAAUCAAGGAGUCAGGGGCUUGUGGACCGUUGCGAGGAGCCUAUGGUCGUUGUCCACCCUGGUGGCCACUACGUGCCUAUUACCAAGGAGUGGGCCAUGCCGCUGAUCGGCUUCCUCAAGAAGAUUGCCGACGAAGAAGCAGCGAAAGCAAACAUUUAGAUAUACGUCAUACAUCAACUUACGAACGAAUGAAUUGGGUAGGGGUUUAGAAAGGUGCAUCAAUGGCAUUGGUUCAUCAUAGAAUAGACUGAAGCAUGUUUUA